CUGAUUUUUUUUUUUUUUUUUUUGUUCUCCCUCUAUAUCUUUUAUUGCAAUUUGUAGGUAGAAAUAAGCCGGACGCUAUUCUGCAGGUCUAGAACUAGCGAGCUUAUAUAGUGGUGGCUGGUGGUGAUCUUGGUCAUUCGGAUCUAUGCGCUUGUGAUUGCUGAAAGAUAUAAUACAGACUUUUUGUGAGCGAUUUUGUUCACUUCUAUACUUUGAAUAUCAUAUUAAGUUACAAGUUGUUGACAAAGUGAGUGGUGGUGCUACAUCCGUAAUAAAAAUCGUCAGUGGCAAGCAGUUUAUUAUUGGAAAGAAGGAUGACUUCUCUAGUCUGUUGGGAGGAAGUGGACGAAGCUGGCCAAUCCAAGAAUGAUGUAGUGCUGGAUGCUGGAGUUACUGGUUUCAAGAAUACCAAAAAGAGACCUUCUCUUGAAUUUAUUUACACAACCGUCAAAAAUUUAGCCCAAAACACAACAUCGCGACCGUCCAGUCCCAAGGCAACGGAGGUCAAGUCCAAGGAAAAAAUAUCUGCAGUUCGUGAUGGAAAUAAGACGAACGAAUCAAAGCCAGAGAAAGUUCCGGCCAAGUCGCAUAAAAGUGGAACCUUGGUGGAAAGCGGCUCGUCGACGGAUGCAGAAGAAGCGGAAAGAGAACGGGAAUCUCUCUUGAAACCCGCCAAAGAAAAACCUAUUCAAGUCGGAGAAAGCCAAAUUUUACGAAACGAAAAUCAGAAUACUUUGGCCACUAACCAAACAUCAGAGCUGAUCACAAUCAAUGGCCGGAUGUCUUAUUUGCCGCCGUUUGGCAGCCAAGAUACUGCAAUAACAAAACAACGGAAUCACCAAGAGAAAGUAAUCGAAUUAUGGAAACAACACGGCAAGCUGGCUACUGUGGACAUGCUUAGUGCUCUAUACGGAAUUAUGUUGGUAGUUAUGGGUGUGGCCUUUCCUACUUCUCAGGUCAUUUCCAUAAACGUUCCAUCUCACUACUACGAGGGCUUCUAUGCUUACCUCUACUUCGUGGCCAUUGGUUUCUUUGGUUACAUUUACGUCCUCUUGAAAACCCAAUUCAACUCUUUAACGUUGAAAAGACAUUGGUAUCAACUGACACAGCGUUUCAAGGACAAAAAGACAACCCAAACAACGGCUGAUGACGAUUGUGCCUUCGAAAACGAUAGAGUAUUGUCCAUGGAGGAUAUCAUGACCAAUCGUCUACGGGUGACUCUUGGUAAACAACUCGAUCCUAGACGAAGCCCAAAUCACGGAUCGUUCUACCUUCGCAUGGGAGCCGUCGUAUUUGGUGUUGGAUCAAUGAUCUAUUCGGGGCUCGAAUUCGCCCAAUACUUUGAAAUGUCAGCCAAUCCAUUGUGCGAUGACAUUAUGAUGGCUGUCCAGCCGGCGUCUCGUAUGCUCUUCACAUUUUUCCAAAUGUAUUUCGUUUUCCUUAAUGCAAAGAUGCAGAUUAUCAAGAACAGCAACGUCAUUGUGGCUCGUUUUGGAAUGAUGCACAUCGUAGCCACGAACCUCUGCGUCUGGCUCAACGUCAUCAUCCAGGAAACCAAACACGAGAUCCUCAACUUCGAGCAGCAAGGAGGUGCUGGCCACAUAACCGAACACGGCCACCAUCAGGUGUCUGCUGGACACGCUAAAGAGCCCUUACAAAUAGCAGAAGCGCAGAUCGCCCCUUACGUUUCAACCGCGGUUAUUGGACACUGGUUGAACAAGACCGUCGGCAACGCUUUGGAUCAUGCCAACAAACAGGAAGGAAGUCAAUUCCAUUCGCCCCCACAUCAUCGGUUGGUCAAGCAGGAGUUGUCGGACGAAUGCCAUCGUUCAGAUUUAAUGGGAACACUGACGCAGAAUGCUAGUCCAUUUCUGUUUCCAUGCGCCAUUGAGUAUUCGCUCAUAUGCGCUGCUAUAAUGUACGAAAUAUGGAAGCACACAGGAAAAGAUUGUCACAAAAGUUUGGUGAUUGUGAAAGAUUCUCCGACCGGCGUCCGUACGCCGAGAACGCCCGGUGGAAGCUAUUACCCGUGUUCGCAACGUCGUUCCCCGCACCACUAUUCCGUCGAUUGUACAAACGCCAAUAAAGGACUUUUCUUUGGAAUCUUCGUCUUGGUGUUGAGCAUUUUGGCCAUGAUCCUAUUUUUCGUCCUCAUCCAUCGCGAGGACUACAAAAGUACGGCCAUCACCAUCGUCCAUGUGGCCGAGUUCGUUCUUUACAUGACGACGUUAAUCGCCGUCAUAAUUGGGAUCAUUCAAGUGAGCCAGUUGCAAUUUGAUGCAUCUCAUUCGCUUGAUCUCGACAACAUUUUGCUGAUCGUCGCCCAUACCGGCGUCAUUUCUUACAACGUCUUUACCAUCGUGGGGACCCAGUUCAGCGAUCAUCCGGACAGGAUCUUGGUGUUGAUCAACGCCUUGACGGCUGUCGUGCAGACCGUAGCUCAGACCGUGUUUGUUCUCGGCUCUUCCAAGCGACAUCUCUAUACCAGACGACAGGAGAAGCGCAAACCUGGCCGUGAAGUCAUCACGUUCCUAAUGGUCACCAACUUUGCGAUGUGGGCUAUUAUAACGUUGGAAAAGAGCCGAGUGGACGCCCAUCCGGUCCAAUCUCAAUUUUUCGGUCAUUGGCCAUGGACUAUCAUCACCAACAUCAGCUCCCCACUGGCCAUUUUCUAUCGGUACCAUUCGACAGUUUGCCUCUGCGAGAUAUGGAAGCGUUGCUACAAAAUCACAGAGAGAUUGAACCACACUCCACUUCAACAGCAGCACGCAAGCGUGUAGUAUAUAGGCUAAUGGCUAAUAUACCAGUGUUUCUCUCGCAUCAACUAUCAUUUCUGCAGCAUCGUCAAUAAAUUCUGAAACUACAUUAUUAACAAUUAA